CGGUGCAGUGGCGGCGGGAGAGGGAGCGGGAGGAGCUGGAGAUGCUGCCAGCCUUCCCGGGUUGCGCUCGCUCUGCCGCUGCCGUCGCACGGAGCAGCCACGCCGGGGGCCCAGUGCGCCGCGCUCGCAGCCGGUAGCGCCGGGGGCGCUCGCUCGGGAACCGCGCAGCCCGAGACCGGACCGCGGACAGGGGGCGAGGGCGGCGCCCAGGCGCCCCGGCGUGCACAGGCAGGAUGAGCAUCGAGAUCCCCGCCGGGCUCACGGAGCUGCUGCAGGGCUUCACGGUGGAGGUGCUGAGGCACCAGCCCGCCGACCUGCUGGAGUUCGCGCUGCAGCACUUCACGAGGCUGCAGCAGGAGAACGAGCGCAAGGGCGCCGCACGCUUCGACCAUGAGGGCAGGACCUGGGGGAACGCGGGCGCCGCCGUCGGGGGCGGCACCCCCAGUAAGGGUGUCAACUUCGCCGAGGAGCCCAUGCGCUCCGACUCGGAGAACGGCGAGGAGGAGGAGGCCGCGGAAGCAGGGGCGUUCAAUGCUCCAGUUAUAAACCGGUUCACAAGGCGUGCCUCGGUUUGUGCAGAAGCUUAUAAUCCUGAUGAAGAAGAAGAUGAUGCAGAGUCCAGGAUAAUACAUCCCAAAACUGACGAUCAAAGAAACAGAUUGCAAGAGGCUUGCAAAGACAUCCUGCUAUUUAAGAACCUGGAUCCAGAGCAGAUGUCUCAAGUGUUAGAUGCCAUGUUUGAAAAAUUGGUCAAAGAAGGGGAGCAUGUAAUUGACCAAGGUGAUGAUGGUGACAACUUUUACGUCAUUGAUAGAGGUACGUUUGAUAUUUAUGUGAAAUGCGAUGGUGUUGGAAGAUGCGUUGGUAACUAUGAUAAUCGUGGGAGUUUUGGAGAACUGGCCUUAAUGUACAAUACACCCAGAGCAGCUACUAUCACCGCUACCUCUCCUGGUGCUCUGUGGGGUUUGGACAGGGUAACCUUCAGGAGAAUAAUUGUAAAAAACAAUGCCAAAAAGAGGAAGAUGUAUGAAAGCUUUAUCGAGUCACUGCCAUUCCUCAAGUCCCUGGAGGUUUCUGAACGCCUGAAGGUGGUAGAUGUGAUCGGCACCAAAGUUUACAAUGAUGGAGAACAGAUCAUUGCUCAGGGAGAUUUGGCAGAUUCUUUUUUCAUUGUGGAAUCCGGAGAAGUGAAAAUUACUAUGAAAAGAAAGGGUAAAUCAGAAGUGGAAGAGAAUGGUGCUGUGGAAAUCGCUCGGUGUUUUCGGGGACAGUACUUUGGAGAGCUUGCCCUGGUCACUAACAAACCAAGAGCAGCAUCUGCACACGCCAUUGGGACUGUGAAAUGUUUAGCCAUGGAUGUGCAAGCAUUUGAAAGGCUUUUGGGACCUUGCAUGGAAAUUAUGAAAAGGAACAUCGCCACCUAUGAAGAACAAUUAGUUGCACUGUUUGGAACAAACAUGGAUAUUGUUGAGCCCACUGCAUGAAGCAGAAGUAUGGAGCAGAAGGAGAUUAGUGAAUCAGUUAUGCAGUAGUGGUUAGUCCACUGAGUGUGUUUGUGAGCAUUUUCUGUGAUUUCAGGUUUUUCCUUUUUUCAACAACAACAACAAAAAAAAAAACAUUUACAAUGUAUCAGUAAACAGUAGUGAUUUAAUAGUCAAUAGGCUUUAACAUCACUUUCUAAUGGGUAGUUCAUUUAAAAAAAUAUUCGUAAAAAUGACUUUCUAUUCCAUAAAAUUAUUUGACUGAAAGUUUUAUUCAAAUAUAAUAUAUUGAAAGCAUUACAUGUUUAAGAAGAUAAUUAAAAGAUGUAACCAUAGGCCAAUCUAUGUUUGGAUUAUUCAAAUAUCAAAUUAGUGACUAUCCCAUUUAAGAGAGAAGUUGGUAGUGACUCAUGCAAUCUAGCAUGGCAUUACAUUCUUUUUCUAAUUCAUCCUACAGUAAAAAGUCAGUCAUUUCAUUUUCUAGUUUUUCUGGCUUGAUAAGUUGUGUGUUAGCCUUGGCCUAUUGGUGAAAUGGCAUGAAACAUCAUAUGCAAUUUAAAAUUUUUUUAUAUUUUUGCAAUAAAGUACAUUUUGACUUCUUUGACAAAUGUCAGUGGGUAGCCUACGUAAUUGAGUGGCUUUUGAGGCUUGCAACUUAGUCAUUAUGAUAAUUGGGCAAAGAGUUUUCAGAUAAAAGCUUAUAAAACAUUUUUCUUCUCUACCCCCCCACCCCCACCCAAGACAAGGUUUCUCCAUGCAGCUCUGGAAUUCACUUUGUAGACCAGGCUGGCUUCAAACUCAUAGAUCCACCUGUCUCUGCCUCUUGAGCGAUGGGGUUAAAGGUGUGUGCCAUUACCACCCAGCCCAUAAUACAUAGUAUGACUGCUUCCUUUUUUAUUUUGCAACCUCUGUAUUCUUUAUAAAUUGCAUUUUGACAUCUAAUGUGACAAAGAUUUCAGAAAAGCUAUUUAAACUUAAUCUGACUUUUUUUGUUCUCUAAGAGUUCUGAAUCUUAUAUUUAGAAAAAGGAAAACUUUCCUAGGAAAAAAUUGUAUGAGAGUCCUACCCACAUGCCCACAGGAUGCUGCUUUGCUCCUCAUAGUUCAGAUACUGCAGCCCUGUACACAUGUCUGUGCCCAUGUUCCGUUCCUUUCCCUUCCCUUCCCUUCUCUUUCCUUUCCUUUCCUUUUCUAUUCCACUUUCCCUUCCCUUUCCUUCUUUCCUUUCCUUUUUCCUGUUUCCUGUUUCCUUGUGUAGUCACCAACCAGCAAGCGCAUUGACCAGCAGCCAAUCAACCCUCAAAACCUCUACUACAGUGGCGGAAAUAAGUCUGUAUAUAAGCAAAGCCAUACAUAAUGAUUAAUGGAAUAUCUGUCUAUACUAAUGAUAAUUAGGCCUUUUCCUUAGUUUUAAAGUCUAAUUCAGAGUUAAAAGUACACAAAGUACAACAUUUUAUUAGUUUUUUUUUAAUCACUUACAUGCUUAUUUUUAUGCCAUAUAACAAUGAACUGUUAUAUACAACCAAAGCAAUAUACUUUUACAUGACUUUCAGGCCCCAUGACCAAAUGUCGAGAGACAUUAAUUCUCACCAGUUAUUCACCUUUAAUGGGUAAUUUCAUUUUGGGAAACAUGUUCUAAGAAACAGAGGUGUCUAUAUAUGUGAAACUCAUCUAUGGUUUUUGUGAUCUUAUAAAGGAAUGUUUAUAGUCCUACUUGUACAUGAAAACAUGGCUGGAAUGUUAAUUGGAUAAUGCUUAAACUAGUUAAAGUAUUUAAACUAUAGCUUUAGUUAUGUCUUAAAAUACUACUAUUUUUGCAAAAUCUAUCUGUAGGAAAAAGAGCUCUCUCUACAUGAAGGUAACAUGUUUUCAAAAGCCAUGUGUUAAACAAGGAAAAAUUCAAAAAACAGAAAAACAAGAAAAAAGCCACCCAAAUUCCUGGUUCCUCAUUCUGUUGUUUAUUCACUUUUCCAAGUUCUCUUGUUGCAUUGACUAAGCUGAUUGUUAAGGUUCAUGGAAAAUAAAGAAUUCCAACCAAGGCUAUAAAUGCCAGUUACAUUAUUUUCAGUAUUGUUGGUUGUAUUUAAAAUUUCCUUAUAAUAAAGCACACUUUUAUAAUAAA